GUUGAGCAGCUUCCAGACACGGCGGCGCCUCCCCUUUAAUCAAGAGGAAGCCUUGGUACACGCGCGAGUUGACAAAUCGACAUCGAUCUGCGUGGAGCCAAUGAAAACGCGCAUGCACGCCGAACUGACAGCCAACUCGCGCGCCCCUGUGCCUCUUUGUCGUUAGACGAGUACGUGAAAAACCAACAGGAACGCCGCCUCUGCUCACUGGAAACCCGGGGUUGAGGACGAGGACUGACCGACCGACCGACCGACCAAGGCUUGCCACACGGCAGUCCAGCCGUAGAAAUGGAAGGGGUCGCCAGCAAUAGGAGCAUGUCGUAUAGCCGAUGGAGCUAUGACAGCACUUUAGAUGACGAGGGCACCAACCUCCGACAGCAGAAGCUUGAUCGACAGCGAGUGCUCCUUGAGCAAAAGCAGAAGAAGAAGCGUCAAGAACCUCUAAUGGUCCAAUCCAACGUGGAUGGCCGAUCUCGGACCCGUCGCACCAAACAGAGUGAGGAGCAGGCUCCGUUGGUGGAAUCCUACCUCAGCAGUAACAGCAGCACCAUCUACCAUUUGCAAGAAGCCAAGCAAGAGGAGAUGAAGACGAAGGCAGACCCACAACCGCCUCGCUCAGCGAAAAAGGGCAGAGCGUCAGCAAGCUCAACUCCUCAGACAGGCAGCGACAAGAAGGAAAGGAAGGGGAAGCACAAAGCAGGGAUGGACAGCUUGGCCUGCCAGUCAGACGAUGGUCAGAUCCAAAUCUUAACUGUGGGUCACCCCUCGUCAGAGGACGGUGAGGGUGAACCAGUCAUGAGUUGCACUCCGUCACAGAGCAAGCAGGACCUACGGGUGACCAUGUUAAAAAAAGGCAUAUCUAGCAGUAUGAAUUUUGAUGAAGAAGAAGAUGAUGACGAUGAAAUCAGUUCCACUUCCUCUCAGCUCAACAACAACACAAGACCAGGCUCUGCCACCAGCAAGAAGUCAUGCAAGGAUGUCGCUUCAGCGCCAACCCCACCGGUCACUGAGCCUGCCAUUGAUGUCGAAGACCUUGAAGAGUUUUCGUUGCGACCUGCGCCUCAGGGGGUCAGGGUGAAGUGCAGAAUCACCAGGGAUAAGAAAGGCAUGGACAGAGGCAUGUAUCCCACCUACUACCUUCACUUAGAGAGAGAAGAUGGCAAGAAGGUGUUCCUGUUAGCAGGCAGGAAACGAAAAAAGAGUAAAACUUCAAAUUACCUUAUCUCCAUUGAUCCCACUGAUUUAUCCCGAGGUGGAGAAAGCUUCAUUGGUAAAUUGAGGUCAAACCUCAUGGGAACUAAGUUUACUGUAUAUGACAGUGGUCUGAACCCUAUGAAGACCACCACCAGCCUUGAAGACAAUAAUAUGCGCCAAGAACUUGCAGCCAUUUGCUAUGAAACCAAUGUAUUAGGAUUCAAGGGACCUCGUAAAAUGAGCGUCAUCAUCCCCGGAAUGAACAUGGACCACGAAAGAGUGUCAAUUCGCCCACGAAAUGACCAUGAGUCAUUAUUGGCAAGGUGGCAGAACAAGAACACGGAGAGUGUAAUUGAACUUCAUAACAAAACUCCAGUAUGGAAUGACGAUACACAAUCAUAUGUGCUCAACUUCCACGGCCGAGUCACCCAGGCCUCUGUCAAGAAUUUCCAAAUCAUUCAUGACAAUGACCCUGACUACAUUGUGAUGCAGUUCGGCCGUGUGGCUGAGGACGUGUUCACCAUGGACUAUAACUACCCAAUGUGUGCCCUUCAAGCCUUUGCCAUCGCCCUCUCCAGCUUUGACAGCAAGUUAGCCUGCGAAUAGAAGAUGGCAGCCUGAAAUUUAGUGGCCAACUGGUCCCUGUGUGGCCUCGCCAAGGGCUGUAAAUGAAACACAGGGGCUGCUCUUGACAAAUCCAAAAAACCCAGUACCCCCGAAAAUCAUGCGUACCCCAAUAUGCUUUGUGGGCCUCAAGUUCUGCGUGGUUGCGUGUGUGUGUGCUUGGAAAAGGGUGUCAAGCACAAAGAGUUAAAAAAAAAAAAAAAAAGGAAAAAUAGUUUGUUUUGUAAUUAUUUUGGAGCAGGUGUACAUUCUAAAAAAAUGUUUCUUCAUGUAAUAACUAGAGAGAUUUAACAUUCUUUAUCUGUGACUAAUAAUUGCAUAUUUGUACAUUUUGAGAGUUGGCUACAUUUUAUGUAUCUGUCAUGAAAAUAACCCAAGGUGAAAAAAAGACACCCUCAAGCAUGACUAGAUUCUAGAUUUAAAAAUAACAUGCAUGUUAAAGGCUAUUUAUGUUGAUAUUUAUGUAUUUAUUACAUGUUUUGUUCUUCUUUGGACAGUAUUGGCUCUGUGGAGCUGCAAGCACAUCAAAGACAAAGCGUCCACACAAAACAAUUGAAAGGGAGCAGGGAAAAGGCGUGUUACACUGUGCUGUGUACCGUACAAUAUUGUGUCACUGGGUCACAUAUGUGAAUGUAUCGAAUAAUGGUGCACUUUAAUUUCAAACCAGUAGUGGUGGAAAUAUAGCUGUACGUCGUUUCUGGUGCCUUUGAACACUAAUUGCAGUGCUACGCUUUGGCUGUAAAGUGAGCUCUUUGCUGUUCUAGCUAUCCCAACAUGCAUUGGAAUGAAUGACUUUGCUCAUUCACUGCCAUUGACGGCUAAAGUAGUCAAAUGGGGGCAAGCAGUGAUUUCAACAGUACAAUAGAUUUUGAAUAAAUAAAUUACUAAAAUGAUAAGCCCAUGGAGGAAAAUCUGUUCAAUUACAACUUGGUUAGAAGUUAGUACACUUCACUUAGAUGUAACAUUGUUCUUCGUAUGAUCUCUGAAGACCACAUGGAUUUGACACAUCCUCAACACGUGCAUGUUGCAUCUUUUCGCUUCUUUUUCCUAUUUUUCAUUUUCCUCUGAUUGACAUCUUAUAGGCUGUACGUUGGUUUUGAGAAAUUCAGUGCAGAUGCUUCUUAUUGGGUGUCAUCUUUUCUUACCAUUUUAUACUUUAUCACCAUAAAAAAAUCAAUGAAGGCAAAGAACAAUCUCUAAUGCCACAACUGUGACUGUGGAUGAUGAGGUAAUCUUUUAUCAUAUGUGCUAUUCUUGUACUUAAUUGUGUUCUAACUAUUUUGGAUUUCUAUUUCGAAACUUGAUACUCAGUGUGAUGUCUGCUUUUCAGUAUGUGUGAUCAGGAUCCCUUGCUUCUCACUUUGUUUUAGUGGUCGUGAUGAUGUACAGUGAAUGAUGUGUGACUUAUGUGAUGGUAUAGACACUCUUUUAUCAUGACAAAAGAGGUGAACGAAUAAAAAUAGUAUGUUUACUUUUGUUUUCGGUGGAAGUAUUCAAAAGUUGCUUUCGUUUAAAUUAGGGCUGUCAAACGAUUAAAAUUUUUAAUUGAGUUAAUCACAGCUUAAAUAUUAAUUAAUCGCAAUUCAAACCAUCUAUAAAUUAUGCCAUAUUUUUUUGUAAAUUAUUGUUGGAAUGGAAAGAUAAGACACAAGACGGAUAUAUACAUUCAACAUACUGUACAUAAGUACUGUAUUUGUUUAUUAUAACAAUAAAUCAACAAGAUGGAAUUAACAUUAACAUUCUGUUAAAGCGAUCCAUGGAUAGAAAGACUUGUAGUUCUUAAAGGAUAAAUGUUAGUACAAGUUAUAGAAAUUGUAUAUUAAAACCCCUCUUAAUGUUUUCGUUUUAAUAAAAUUUGUAAAAUUUUCAAUCAAAAAAUAAACUAGUAGCUCACCAUUGUUGAUGUCAAUAAUUACACAAUGCUCAUUGUGCUUAAACCCAUAAAUUCAGUCGCACCAAAGCGCCAGCAGAGGGAGACAAAAAACACAAGUAACAAGUGGACAUGUCACUGUGCUGUCAUUUUAAUCUGUUUGAGCGGGGCAUGUGCGUUAAUUGCGUCAAAUAUUUUAACGUGAUUAAUUCAAAAAUUAAAAACCGCCCGUUAACGCGAUAAUUUUGACAGCCCUAGUUUAAAUAAAUGUUAGGCUUAUUGGUCGUGGGUUUGAGGUCUGAGCAAGUACUGUACUUGGGCAUGGACAUAGGAAGUGCCGAGUGUAACAUGAUUUUAAAAAAUUGACUGGUCAUUUGCUAACAUUUGACAUUCCUCAUAAAAAAAAAAAUUGUGAGGUUUAGAAAAACUUUUAAAUAGUUAGAUUAUAAACGAAGCCCCCGUGGACCCCCCCCCCUUAAAAAAGUCAAUAUUGGCUCCAAAUUACAUAUCAAGCAGGUGCAAACUUUUUUUCCCCUAAUAAACAUAUUGAAUUUAGUAGUUUAGAAUAAAUUAAUUUACUAUAUGGUGUUAUUACUCUGGUACUACUGCAGCUCCUUACACUGUUGUACAACAGUAACCUGGCAAUCAUGAUGCGGCUGUUGUUACUCUUCUUCUUCUUUCAUCCAGGCCACCUCAGUCAAAUUAGAGGAAUUCAGUAGUGGUACUGUGUGUGGCAGCACAUACAUAGAUGUCCUAUGAUUUUAAAGAUUCUUGUCAAACAUAACAAGAAAAGCCACACAAGGCUUAUGAAUUUUGCCCAAAGAUAUUGUUUGGUUUAACACUGCUAAUGAAAAGGCACUCGUCACUAUAGAAUAGUUUACUAC